UGGUUGACAAUUUAUUAGUGAGCGUGAAAAUAGUUUAAUCUUUUCUAGUAUUUCAAAUUUCGCAGUCAGGUGUUUGCGAGUGAAUUCACAACAAAAAUACAACCGAGAAUAAAUUAAGUUGCUCUUUGCAUUCGUUGGAGAAUCGGCGACAUGGAUCCGUCAGGUGAACAAAAUAUUUCAUCGACUUUUUCUACAAAAUGGCGAGGUGAAAACGUCCCCACUGCAGUUCCUUCUUCAAUGUUUAGACAAAAUCAAUGGAUAUAAUCGACCCUACACGCAACAUCAACCCUAUAUGGCCGCCUAGGCCUAUACUAUACACAGGGUGGUUAUAUCAUGACGAGAAACAGUGUAGCCUCAGCGGAAUAACCCAUCCGUGAUAACCAAAGUCGACCGGAGUCUUCCGCCCCUCAAUAUUUUUCAUCGCCGACGUUUGACUGCCCCCGACGCUGCUGGACGCCUUUUUUUUUCGGUUGCCAUGACGCUGCUGUAUCAAUUAGCAUGACAAAACAAGCGCUCAAAUCCCCCCCUAUAGGCUAGAUAUCGUUCCGACUUCUUUGAUGCCCCUCUACUCCGGCUCUGGAAAUUCGGUCAGUUUGCAUUGUGCACUUGACCAGGUAACAACGCCGGUAAAACCCCGAGCGCCCUUGGACUUGUUUUUUUUUAAUUCCCCGGGAUAUAAUUGUGCGGGGUUUUAUUGGAGACGGCCAGCCGGAAAAUGGGGACCCGAAGUGAUAGCGGAGGAGGAGCUUACACCACCCCAACCGAAUGGAAAUUGUGGAAUCAAACCAAGUUGAGCCAAAGCCAAUUUGAGCGGCUCACGGCCGAACGUCUGGAUGCCGAGAGCAAGAGACUGCGAGAUGAUGUCGGGACAAGGGUCACGUCAAGUCGCCGAGAGGUCAGCCAACAAUUCUCGACGAGGAUUAGAGAUCUGCAAUAUUGGUCGACCAAUUUGGAAUCCAAAACGUCGGAAGUUGGCACGGAAAUCGACGCACUUUUGCAAUGCCAGGCCCAGUUACAGCGGAUGCAUCACGCUUGUGGAGACCCGAUCGCCGUUGUGGAACAAUGUUUGCAACUGCGCGAGCGUCGCUCUCACGUCGACCGAUGUCUGGACGAGGUUCAAAGUUCCCUGCACGAUGAACUGCGGACUCUACGCCAAGGUGAAAUGGUCCUCGGCAGAACGGUCAUUGAAGCGGCCGAGCAGAUCAGACUAUUGCGGAGCGCCAAGUACCAGCUGGAUCGAGAUCUGGCAGAUAAAGGCAAAGCCAGCGAAAUUGAUUCAACGACUGUCGGUUUGGCCGACUCUGUCGUGGGCGAUGGCCGCACUCCGAGAUUGCUGUCCGAUCUAGUCCAUUCCAGCCAAGUUAACGCCACGGUCCAUUUCCCUUGGAGCACUCCUGGUGCGGAUUUGGGUGGAAACGACCGCAACGCCGGAGCCAUAACCAAAGCCAACAGACAAACGACGCCGACCGAGUGGCAGAGUUUUACCGAGAGGAAUAUCCAAGAAGCUUCUGAACAAGUUCACCGCUCGCUGCAGUUGCGAGUGACGGCCAUGUCCGUCAUGCAGGAUAUUAUUCGUGACACACGUUCGCACGCCAACCAGGUAGAUCAACUUUUCCACGACGUCAUCGACAGGACGAGGAAAGCCCUCGGUGCGCUGAAAUCAGAGCACAGCGCCGUCUGUCAGCAAAUCCAAGAGACGGAAGAGACGGCCUCUGGAUUGCGCGCCGCCAUUGGCGCACAGGACGCUCCACUCGGCAGCGCUAUCCAACAGCUGGCCAGAAGAACUGCCCGCCCUAACGUCGAAUUCUGUCGUGACAGCGUCCAGAAUUGUCUAGAAACGCGAGUGGACGUCGUCAGAACUUCAUUACGUCAACUUCAAGAAAAACUCAGUCAGGCCGAUGCUUCGUUGCGUCGUUUACGUCAGUCGAAAUUCGAUCUGGAACAGGAGAUUGCCGUCAAGGAAGCAACCCUGAGGAUCGAUGCCGAACAUUGCAUGAACGCGUUGCGUAGGAAUAUGGUCCUCCCGCAACCCUGA